AUGAAGAUGCAGAAAUCCCUCGCUCUGAUGUUCAUUAUCCUAACUGAAAUCGUUUCUAGCCCAGUUCCUAGGAAUGGGAGACAAGAACGCUCCCACAAACUCCUGCUGAUCUCUUUCGAUGGAUUCCGGUGGAACUACGAUCAGGACGUCAUCACCCCAAAUUUGGACAUUUUAGUCAAGGAAGGAGUAAAGGCCAAAUAUAUAACACCUCCUUUUGUGACCAUGACAUCACCAUCUCAUUUUACAACCAUCACUGGUCGCUGGAUCGAAGAUCACGGGGUGAUCCAUAACAUGAUGUUCAACCCAGAGACGCUCCGAAAGUAUAGCCACAAGGCGACCCAAAACAUGACAGAGUGGUGGGACAACGGAGUCCUUCCGCUGUGGAUCACAGCUCAAAAUCAGGGCAAAAAAACAGCCUCGUUUCAUUAUCCAGGAGGGGGUGCCAAUUACAGUGGUCAGUCCAUUCAGAGAAGUUUGGUUGAAGCCUUCGAUCACCCUGACAGCAAUGAGACAGAAUGGCGAGAGAAUAUAGAUAUUGUCAUGAACUGGUUCACCCAGGAAGAUUUCGAUUUUGUCACGCUGUAUUAUGGGGAACCUGAUAAAGUAGGUCACAACUAUGGCCCCGAAACAGAAAACCGGAAAGUUAUCAUCCAACAGAUAGACCGAACCAUUGGCUACUUAAGGGCAGCCAUUGAGAAAUAUGGCUUGAACGACAACCUUAAUGUCAUAAUCACGUCCGAUCAUGGUAUGACGACUGUCAAGAAAAAGCCAGACGUCGAGGAGAUCUUGUUGAUCAACUACAUUAAAUUCAAGGACUUGGUGAAGUUUGACAUUCUGGACUACGGGGGGUUUGGGAUGAUCCUGCCUAAACCAGGUAAAGAAGAAGAAAUCUAUCAAGCUCUGAAAAAGGCCCAUACCCACCUCAAUGUGUACAAAAAGGAAGAGUUUCCGGAAAAGUUCCAUUACGCAAAACAUGAACGAAUUUUGCCAAUCUUGCUUUAUGGAGAUUCUGGUUACAGUGUCAACGGGAGGUUUAUCUUAUACAUCAACAAAGGUGACCACGGAUUUGACAACCAACAUCCAGACAUGCGGACCAUAUUUAGAGCUUUCGGUCCAGACUUCAAAAAGGAUUAUUUAGCGGAGCCUUUCGACAGCAUUCACAUUUAUCCACUGAUGUGCCACCUUCUAGGAGUCCAACCGGAAGCUAACAAUGGCUCUCUAGCCUUCACUCAGGACAUGCUCAGGUCUGCGGCAGCAAAGACUCCCUUUCUCCUGCCCCUUCUUGCAGGUGCAGCCAUACUAGCCCAGCUUCUAACAUCCACUUGA